GGGCUGGUGGUGGUGGUGGUGGCGGUGGUGGCGGCCUGCCCCGGCUCCAUCCCCCGCUCGGGGCGCGGGAAGCUGGCAGCUGUCGGCAGACCCUUUCCCACCCGCCUCCCCUCUCCUCUCGGCAGCUCCAUGUAUUACGAUGAGGAUGGGGAUCUCGCCCACGAGUUCUACGAGGAGACAAUCGUUACCAAGAACGGGAGGAAGCGCGCCAAGCUGAAGAGGAUCCACAAGAACCUGGUACCUCAGGGCAUAGUGAAACUAGAGCACCCUCGCAUUCACGUGGAUUUCCCGGUGAUCAUCUGCGAAGUGUGAGUCGCCAGACGUGUCUGCCCGCGGGCGGGAGGUCCUGCCCCACCGCCCCCCAGCCUUCACCAGGAGAGGCUGCGUCGUGUUCCCACCCGAGGAAGACUCUGGGCGCGCGGCGGGGACGAAGGCUCUCCCCUCGCCCAGAGGUGAGGCAGGCCGGAGCAGGCCGGGCUGGGCUUGGCUAGCACUCCUCGCAGGCGAUGGGUGACCUUGUGCAAUGACUGCUUACAAACAUCCUCGCUUGAGUCAGAAGACUAAAAUACUUUCGUUAGCCUCUAGCCGAUGUUGGAUGGGUAACUGGAACUGCGAACGAGCUGCUGUGUUUGAGCUGUUAAAGGGAGAGCGAGCCUGCACUUCUCACCAGACAAAAUCCCCUGCUUCUCAGGUAUGCGGCCCAGGGAGAGCCAGGGCAAGGUAACGCGCUGCCGGGGGCCCCGAGACCCCUGGGGCCCGGUGCUUAGAUGGCCAGUGUCGCAGCGUGUCGCUUGACACGGGUGUUAGGUGAUGCUCCCCUGGAUGGGUCCGUUGAUGGAGGAUGAACGGGGCAGGCUGAGGGGGGACCGGUCUCCAAGCACAUUCGGCUGCUGCUGCGCUCCUCUUGGGAAGGGGACGGAGAUCAGAUUCCGCUGUCUUGGACCUCAGUCUCUUCCCCCUCUGCGUCUCCCUGCUUACGCCGGCUCGGGGGUGGUUGGCUUCACUGCUGCCUGCAGUCCCUCUGCCCGCAGCAGAUCUCUGUGAUCCGUGGCCACCUCUGGUGGUAGCGAGGUCCCCAGCUCUGCAGCGGACUUGCCUCCCCCAUUAGCAAACUGGCUCCUGCCAAGCACCGUCCCUCACCCGCUGUGGGGCCGGGCUGCUGGGCAAGCCAUUUCCUUGUAACAUCCUCACUCCUGCUCCUGUCUUGAACGUACCUCCUGGUGGGGUGGGCCUUGACAGAGCCGAGCAGGAAGGAAAUCAUCUCUUCCCUCCUGGUCCCCGAAAACAAUCGGUCGGUGUGCCUGCCCCGGCUUGGAAAUCUCCCUGGCGAUGUGAACUAGGGUUCCUCCCGUGUCCCAGCUGGUGGCAGGAGGAGAAACGCGAUGCACUUUAAAGGGAGGCUUUCUGCUCCGUCCCGGAAGGUCCUGCUCUUUUCUCCUCUUUCCUCCCGCUUGAGAAGGUUGGGGUCACCUUGGCAGCACCAAAAAACCUCUCGCCCCCACGUGCAGGUCCCAGGGUGCCGAGCCAGCCGCUGCGGGACCCGUGCUGUCCCUUGCCAGCGCUGGCAGCCACUGCCUGCCCGCUCGGCCGCCCCCAGACCGGGUGGGCAGAGGAGGACACGCCGUGGGGCAGCGGGCACAGCUUUAAACUGGGUCAGAGCCUGCUCCCCGCAGCAGCCGGCUCGGCUUUCCUCCUCUUUCGUUCCAGAACUUACUUAUUUUCUAAGCACUUCAGACGUUCGCUACCUCGAUUUUUAAUUUAAGCCGCUGGCACUUGGCCGCCAGCCCUGUCGGCGUCUAUAAGGUUGGAUGUAUCCAUCCCCGCGCCCGCCCAGAGCCGCCCCGGGCGCGGGGCCACAUUCCCGGCUUCGGGGAGAUAACAGCGGCGUGGCUGUUGCCGUCUUCCUGUCACCACCUCUUCCCUUCACGUCCCCACCACCCGCUGUUCCCAUGGAGAGGAGCGAGCUCGGAGGGUGAAGCGGCUGUGCUGGCUGCCGCCGGGCAGGGAAGCAAGGCAGGGCUGGGCUGGGCUCCGGCAGGGAGCUCGUCUACACUGUGAUGCUGGGCGCUUCUUUCGACAUCUUUUGUUCUGCUUGCUUGAAAGAGUCUCGUCUUCAAACAAUCCCCCACUGAAGUGUUUCUUACUCGCACCACCUGCUCUCCAGUUUCUCCCAGGCUGGAUCUCCUUGGGAAGGGUGUCCCUUGAGUUCCGGAGGAGAGCAGGAGCUGCUGUCCCCAGGAAGAGGAGAGAAAGCCGUGGGCUGCCCCUGCCACCUUGCUCCGCUGCCGUCCGGGGGCUCGGGAAGCUGCACCAAACCCACCUCGGGUACAGGGGGAAGGCGGAGGAGGAGCGGGGAAGGGGUUGGUGCCUUUUUUUCUGCCCAGACUAGGAGCCCCUCGCCUGGCUGCUGGCCAAAAAUCUGCUGACAAGGCAGGGCCCAAACCCUGGGAGGGGGCAGAGACCCAGACCGGCUCAGCGAGGAUGCUUUUGUCCUCCCUGACAGGCUGCCCACCCUUCCCCCGGGGCAUCAAACAUGCUUCCCCACCCCCCCUCCAAAAACCCACUCUUUCUCCCACCCCGCCGUGUCACCAGAGCAGCAGCAAACCUCCGCAGGCUGCC